UGAGGCGUCCUCCCGAGAAGAUGGCAGCCCUGUACACGGCGCCGGGCUCCCCGGCUGCCCAGCCGGAGCGGGCAGAGGACGGGUCGGAAUGCAAUCCUGAGCAGGAGGAAGACGAGGAAGAGGAGAAGGGGGAAGAGGUGGAGGAGCUGGAGGAGGAGGAGAUCGAGGUGGAAGAAGAGGAAGACGAGGACAUGGUGGAGGUGGUGGAGGAGUCGGAGGCCACCGGGUCGUGGGCAGGGCGAGGAUGGCCGGUGGAGCAGGUGGCGGUGGAGUUGCAGGAGGACCAGGACGUGGAGGUGGUGGCAGAGGAGCGGAGUCCAGCGUUGGGGACCCAGGCGCGCCUGAGCCGUGGUGGUGCCAAGUCCCCAGUUCUGCAGGAAAAGGCUCUGCAGGCCGCCCGGGCUCCAGCUGUGCUUAGGGAGGAGGAUCUGGAGGAAGAGGAGGAGGAGGAGGAGGAGGACGAGGAGGGGGAUUUCCUGACAACCGGGUCGCAGGGGCUGGUGACCUUUGAGGACGUGGCUGUGUACUUCUCCCUGGAGGAGUGGGAAAGGCUGGCGGCUGCGCAGCGGGCCCUCUACCGAGAGGUCAUGCAGGAGAACUACGGCAUUCUGGUGUCCCUGGGGUACCCCAUCCCCAAGCCGGACCUGAUCUUCCGGCUGGAACAAGGAGAGGACCCUUGGGUCCCAGACAGCCCCCGUCCUGAGGAGGGAGACAUUGUCACUGGCGUCUAUACAGGUGCCUGGUUCUGGACCGACGACAUGGAGGACCACGAGGAGGAGGACGAGGAGGACUUCCUGGCAGAGGUGGCCGAGGAGGAGAGCGAGCCCCCCGGACUGUGGUCGGCGGCCUAUGGUGUGGGGGACGUGCCCGGGACGUGGGGCCCUGACGACUCGGAUUCGGGGCAGACCUCGGAGGGCUGGGGGCUCGGCCCCGGGGGCCUCGGGGCCCUGUCAUUAUGA